GUCUGGUCCCGGCGGGGUGGGAGCCCCUAUGGCGCACAUCACUAUCAAUCAGUACCUGCAGCAGGUCUAUGAAGCAAUCGACACCAGAGAUGGGGAAUCCUGUGCAGAGCUGGUGUCUUUCAAGCAUCCUCAUGUUGCCAACCCACGGCUUCAGUUGGCCUCUCCAGAAGAGAAGUGCCAACAAGUUUUGGAACCCCCCUAUGAUGAAAUGUUUGCAGCUCAUUUAAGGUGCACGUAUGCAGUGGGGAACCAUGACUUCAUAGAGGCAUACAAAUGCCAGACUGUCAUCGUCCAAUCAUUCCUGCGGGCGUUUCAGGCCCACAAAGAAGAAAACUGGGCUCUGCCUGUCAUGUAUGCAGUAGCUCUUGACCUUCGAGUAUUUGCCAAUAAUGCAGAUCAGCAGUUGGUUAAGAAAGGAAAAAGCAAAGUUGGGGACAUGUUGGAAAAGGCAGCUGAGUUGUUGAUGAGCUGUUUCCGCGUCUGUGCCAGUGACACUCGUGCUGGUAUAGAGGAUUCUAAGAAGUGGGGGAUGCUGUUUCUGGUGAAUCAGUUAUUCAAGAUUUACUUUAAGAUCAACAAACUCCAUUUGUGUAAACCUCUCAUCAGAGCCAUUGACAGCUCAAACCUGAAAGAUGAUUAUAGCACAGCACAGAGAGUAACAUACAGGUACUAUGUUGGACGAAAGGCCAUGUUCGAUAGUGACUUUAAGCAAGCUGAGGAGUACCUGUCCUUUGCCUUUGAGCACUGUCACCGUUUAAGUCAGAAGAACAAAAGGAUGAUUUUGAUAUAUUUACUCCCAGUUAAAAUGCUAUUGGGUCAUAUGCCAACCAUUGAGCUUUUGAAAAAGUAUCAUCUCAUGCAGUUUGCUGAAGUAACCAAAGCUGUAAGUGAAGGCAAUCUCCUUCUAUUGAACGAGGCUCUAGCGAAGCAUGAGACCUUCUUUAUUCGCUGUGGCAUCUUCCUUAUCCUUGAAAAGCUGAAGAUCAUCACCUACAGGAAUCUUUUUAAGAAAGUGUACUUGUUACUCAAAACACACCAGUUAUCUCUGGAUGCUUUUCUAGUUGCUUUGAAAUUCAUGCAAGUGGAAGACGUGGACAUCGAUGAAGUCCAGUGUAUUCUGGCCAACCUGAUAUACAUGGGUCACAUCAAAGGCUAUAUAUCACAUCAGCAUCAGAAGCUAGUUGUUAGCAAGCAAAAUCCAUUUCCUCCACUGUCUACAGUGUGUUGAAUGUAUAAACAGUCCUGGGAAGGAGUAUGUUCCUCUGGUGUUUAUCGUACUGAUGAAAUCAGUCCUUUGCCGUGAUGUUACUUUCUGCAGCUGGAAUCUCUUUGGGGCUCUUCUCUCAGGGAUGUUGAGACUGAGUUCCCCGCAUCCACAACUACCUUGACAUUUCCUCAUCACUCGUUACUAAUGUCGACCUCGUGGAGACCUGGAAUUUCUUUUUCAGAUGUCGCAGACCCUCUUUUGGCUCUGGAGCAUUGGUGAAACUUCUGUGAAGGAGGCUCUUCUCCAAGGCAGCUACAGUUUACUUCUCCUAAGAGUUAUGCACAAAUGCAAUUUUUUAUAUAAUUUUUCUAUAAAAAAGGCAUUCUGAAUUUAUACAA